AUGGGCCGUUCUGCGACACAAGACACUAGACUGCCAGUGGGUGGCGGCCCCAACCAGGAUGAACCAAUCUUCAUACCCAAAGGAACAGUUGCCAAUAUGAGCUGGUACGCACUUCAUCGUGAUCCCGUCGUGUACGGUAAAGACGUCGAGACCUUCCGACCUGAACGCUGGGAGACAAUUCAGCCUACGCAUUGGGAGUUCAUGGGCUUUGGCGGCGGUAACAGGGAGUGUUUGGGGAAGCAGAAAGUGCUGGUCGAGGCAGCGUAUGUGCUUGUAAGACUUGCAAAGAAAUUUGAGGUGCUUGAGAGUCGCGACAAGGAAGACUGGGUGGGUGAGAUGAAGCUGACGUGUAAGAGCAAGAAUGGCUGCAAGGUUGCACUAUACGGCAACUCCAUUUGA